UGGGCUGGACCACCUUUGCGCGACUUUGACACAACUUUCUUUUCCACAAUGCCAAUUUUUCAUGGGAGACACAGGAAGUGAUGUCACAUGCAAAUCAUGCACAUCCUCAGUCAUUGUCAAAGUUAGUUUUGAGGGCUAAACUUAUUGUUGCACUUGGAAAGCAGUCAAUUGGAUACUGUUGGUUUCAGCCACAGAUACUUGAAAUGGAAAUCUCUCCAUCCUUGGUCUGCCCCUCUCACCUGCUCUCUUUGUCGUUAUCUAUCUCAUUCCCCCCCUCUCUCCCUCUUACCUUCUCUCACGCUCAUCUUCUCUUUCUCUCUCUGUCUCCUCCCUCUUUUUUCUCUCUUCACCUCUCUUUCUCUAACCCUCUCUCAUUACUCUCUCUCUCUCAACUUGUCCCCCUCUCUUUCUCUUCCUCCCCUAUCCUUUCCCUCCAUUCCCUCUCUAUCUCUCUCUCGCUCUCACCUUCCCCGCACCUCUCCCUGUCCUUUCACACGUCUCCUCUCUUGUUCUCGUUCCGUGCUCUCUCACUCGAUCUACCUCUCCCCACUCCCUCUCUCUUUCCAUCUCCAGCUCUCCCCUUCCUCACCUUUUUUCCCUCUCCCCGUGCUCUCAUCUCUCCCUUUCCCACGUUCCGUCGCUCCCUCUGCUCUUGCUUCUUUCAUAGCUCUUCCUCUUCCUUUCUUUUCCAUCUCUUCUCCCCACUCCCUCUCCUUCCAUCUCUCUUCCUGUCAUUCUGUUCGUUCACUCUUCUACCCUAUUCGGUCUUUUUCUCUCCCUCACAUUCUCUUGUUCACUCUCUUUCUCGCCAUCUCCAUCAAUCUCUUUUCUUUCUCCCUCUUGCGGAAUCUCUCUCUCUCUCCACCCCCCCCCUCAAUUCUCACAGUGAGUGGUAUAGUAGAGGUAGGAAUGUAAUUAUUACACACAGCUGCUUUAAUCCACAGCCAAUUGAAAUCCUUCACACUCUAUCUCUGCCCUCCACCCUUCUCUCUCUCGCUCUCUCACUUUCUCUCGAGUCACACGCUACCAGCUUUUUCCCGCGCUCAGAAGCAUCCACACGUCGGCGCUCGGUCGGGAGCAACGGACGGAGGAGCCUCCUUCAUUCUUCCUCCCCAGUCUCACUUCCACUUCCGCCAACUCCCUUUCGUCUCCUUCCCCACGACACGACCACCGGCAUCCUCCUCAUCAUCAUCCAGCUAAUUCCUAUCCCUCUCAUGCCCGCCACUGAGGCUUUUCUGCAGAUUGGAGCAUGGCGUGCAUCGGGGACGCGGACCCCUUCACCGCGGCCAUCCCCGCCACCAAAGUUGAACUCACUGUGUCGUGCAGAAACCUGCUGGACCGAGACACCUUCUCCAAGUCGGAUCCCAUCUGUGUGCUGUACACGCAGGGGAUAGCAAACAGGGAAUGGCGAGAGUUUGGCAGGACCGAAGUGAUCGACAACACACUCAACCCUGACUUUGUGCGCAAGUUCAUCUUGGAUUAUUUCUUUGAGGAGAGGCAGAAUCUACGUUUUGACCUGUACGACUUGGACUGCAAGAGUGACAAUCUCUCCAAACAUGACUUCCUAGGCCAGGCCUUUUGCACGCUGGGCGAGAUUGUGGGCUCGCUGGGAAGCCGUCUGGAGAAAGCUUUGAUGGGUAUUCCUGGGAAAAAAUGUGGGGCAUUGAUUGUGAGAGCUGAGGAGCUGAGCAACUGCCGGGAGUCGGUAAUGCUGCAGUUCUGCGGCAACAAAUUGGACAAGAAGGAUUUCUUUGGCAAGUCGGACCCUUUCCUCGUCUUCUACCGCAGUAAUGAAGAUGGAUCGUUCACUAUUUGCCACAAAACUGAAGUGGUGAAGAACACUCUGGAUCCCGUGUGGCAGGCCUUUAAGAUUCCCGUCAGGGCGCUCUGCAAUGGCGACUACGACAGGAGCAUCAAAGUGGAAGUGUACGACUGGGACAGAGACGGCGGACACGACUUUAUCGGCGAGUUCACCACCAGCUACAGAGAAAUGUCCAGAAGCCAGUCGCAGUUCCAUGUCUAUGAGGUGCUAAAUCCAAAGAAGAAAGGAAAGAAGAAGAAAAAGUACCAAAACUCAGGAACGGUCACCUUAUUGUCGUGCCUGGUGGACACUGAGCUGUCCUUCCUGGACUACAUUCGAGGCGGGACGCAGAUUAAUUUCACGGUGGCAAUCGAUUUCACGGCAUCAAACGGCAAUCCGUCGCAGCCCACCUCGUUGCACUACAUGAGCCCGUACCAGUUGAACGACUACGCCAUGGCGCUUCGGGCGGUGGGCGAAAUCAUCCAGGACUAUGACAGCGACAAGAUGUUCCCAGCACUCGGUUUCGGAGCCAAGCUGCCCCCCGACGGACGUGUCUCGCAUGAGUUUGCCCUGAACGGCAACCCGCAGAAUCCGUACUGUAGCGGCAUCGAGGGCGUGAUGGAGGCUUAUUACCAGAGUCUCAAGUCAGUGCGCCUCUACGGGCCCACCCACUUUUCUCCGGUCAUCAACCACGUGGCCAGGUACGCGUCAGCCGUGACGGACGGCUCUCAAUACUUCAUCCUGCUCAUCAUCUCGGACGGCGUAAUCACGGACAUGGCUCAGACCAAAGAGUCCAUUGUCAACGCCGCCUCUCUGCCCAUGUCAAUUAUAAUUGUCGGGGUCGGACCAGCAGAAUUUGAUGAAAUGAUCGAACUGGAUGGGGACGAGGAGAGGAUCUCCUCCCAAGGGCGUUUUGCUGAAAGGGACAUUGUUCAGUUUGUUCCGUUCCGGGACUACAUCGACCGCAGGGGCAAUCACAUCCUUAGCAUGGCUCGGCUGGCCAAGGAAGUACUGGCGGAAAUCCCCGACCAGUUUCUGUCUUAUAUGAGGACACGGGGAAUAAAACCCGGUCCGCUGCCUCCCCCUUACACGCCGUGCCCCCCGCCAGCUCUUCACCCGCUACUGACCAGACGGUCUUCACUGGAAGCUUUUGAGACAGUGGCCGAUCACUGUUGUCGGAACACCAUGCAGGUGGAUGCUGCGCAAACGGACAGUGGGAAUGAUAGCCGUUUUCGGGGUGUGAGCUCCGCCGCAUGAAAGGAACGGACUAUAUUUGGCAUCCCACUUCUGUCACCACAUUGUGUCUCUCCAUAUAGAAAUGUUUACAAGUUGAUGCCUGGAAAGGGAUGAAACUACCAAUCAAAGUGAGGAUGCAGUAUCGGCACGUGUGACUUUUUCAUAUUUACUAUGUUAUUAAAUGGAGCAUGUGCUAGUUAAAGAGAAGCAUGCACUGUCGUCCCGCACUCAGGGCUUUGUCCCGCCCCACCGACUUGAACAGGCCUUACUUUUGGCGGCGUUCUUCCACACGGCUUUUUGGAAACGUAGCGAGGCAGUAAUCCACACCCUUCACUUCAAAACAGGACUGGAGUGCGUCAUCAAUUUUUGGUUUGCGUAUCUUUUGUCCUCCUACCUCUCAGUGUGUUGCCAAAGCAUGCUAGGCUGUCUUUUUUUCUUGUUGUUGUUGUUAUUCAAGCCUUUGAAUUCUUAUCUGAUCCCAAGCGCAUUGGUUGCAAAGGAAAAAAAAAAACUGUCAACGUGAAACCAGUAGUAAAUGGCUGCUGCGGUUCUAGUAGCAUUUAAACAUUUUCCUUUCUUGAGAAAAGUACAAGACUGAAAUAUGAGGUGGUGCUGAACGGUUUGCAGUUAAUCCACUCGACAAUAACUCACAUUACCCAUCUUCACUGGUGAUACAUGUCAUAAUGGAUGAUACCCGUCAUAAAUGAUGAUAACAGUUAGAGCUGACAAUAACCAUGCCGAUACCUAUCGAAAUUGAUCCGACCCAUCGGAACUGGCAAUAUCCAUCAAUAAAUAAUCCCGAUAAUAACUAACAACACCAAUUGAGGUGGCAACUGACGAUUGCCACCUCAAUUGAUGAAAACUCUUGUAAAAGGAUAAUAACCCUUAUAGUUGGU